AUGGUUGAACCAGGUAAACAAUUCGAUGUAAACUCAACCCCGACCUUAUCGAACGUGGCCUCAAUCCACCCUGAUGUGCCUAUGUUUCGAAAUCCCAUACCUUCAACAUCCACUGGCGUUCUUGGUCCACCAACUCUACCUCCUAGGCCGGAAAUUGCUCAACCAAGUUACAUGAACAGUGGAAUGUAUGGUAUGGGAGGAUCCUAUGGCAUGGGGGGAUAUGGUGGCUACGGUUAUGGUGGUGGUAUGGGUGGAUAUGGAAUGAGUUCUUAUGGUAUGGGAGGAAUGGGGGGCAUUGGAGGAAUGGCACCCUAUGGAAGUUACAACCGCCACCCAAUGGAUAUUGAAAACAGGUUUAUUCAAAUGGCAGAAGAGAGUUCACGCCCAGCCUUUGACUCAAUACAAAGUAUUGUGAAUGCUGUUGGGAGUGUGGCUAUGAUGCUUGAGAGCACAUUCUUCGCUCUGACAAGUUCAUUUCGAGCUAUAUUAGGUGUUGCAGAAAACUUUGGCCGCUUACGAACACUAUUUGCCCAGUUUUGGUCAACAUUUGCUGUUGUAAGAUCACUUAACUGGCUUAUUAGGAAACUUUUGGUGCUUCUAGGUAUUAGGACUGAAUGUGAAUUUAAGGCAUGGGCGGAAGCAGUGCAAACAACACAAAUGGGUGUGGCAACACCGGAACAAAAAAACAAAGGCUCAAGUUGGCCGAUUCUUCUGUUCUUUGGAGUGAUUGCUGCUGCUCCGUAUAUUGUAUUGAAGAUGAUGAAUGGACUGUCUUCAAGUAUCAAUGAGCGAUUACACGACCCCCAUACAUGGCAGAAUCCAUUAAGAGCGGUCGCUCAGCACGACUUUCAGGCAACGACGCCUCAAGAAUUGAGCAUUAAUGCGAAUCAAGUGAUAACAUUGGCACCGCAGCACUUACAGGGACAUCUAUGGAAUUCUGGUUGGUUAAUGGCAACCAUAGACAAACAGUUUGCAGGCCUUGUACCUGUGAAUUAUAUCAAAGUUAUCAAACCGACUGAAAAUACUGAGCCCAAUGAGGAUUUGGAGAAAUGUUACAAGCAACAAUUGUAG